UGUUCUGUUUACCUUUUUAUUUUGGGUAAAAAUUCCAUUAGAUCCAGGAGAAUCCAUGUUUCGUUUUGGAAAGAUAAAGAUAAAGGCUUCAACUUUUUAGGGUUUUUUUCCUGUGUGUGUGUCAUUCAUGUUAGUGAUUGAAAUCAAUCAAUUCUCUCUGUUUGUUGUCCUUGCUCUUCAAUUUCACCUGACUUUUGUUUUUGGAUAAAGUUUUGAGCUUUGUGUCUUCUCUCUACUCUCUUGUGAUCUCUCUGGAAAUUACAAAAAAAAGGCUGAAUAUUUUUUGGGGGUUUCUAAAUUAGGGUUCGUGUGAGUUUAUUGAUGAAGAUCAAGAGUUAUAGAGGAUCGUAAGAGUGAUCAAAAUCCCACGAAUUCACAAAGGAUCCGUCGCAUAGAUCCGUCAGAUCUGUUCACCGGAGGUACGUACUUCUUCUUGAUUCACUACUCUCUGGAUUAUUUUGUGAGAAUAAACGACGGGUGGGUCUCUGUUGGAAGCUGAGUUGGAUGUAGAGAUCAUCAGACCAUGGCUUAGAGAAGAAUAUGAAGAUUAUUGUAUCGUUUUGCUCCAGUUAAGGUGUAGAAGCAGCAUAUCAACUCAUGGACGAGAUUUCACCGGCAGUUGCACUGACUUUGAGUUUAGCUAAUACGAUGUGUGACUCUGGUAUCUCAUCCACUUUAGAUAUCUCCGAGCUGGAGAAUGUUACUGAUGCAGCUGACAUGUUGUCUAAUCAGAAAAGACAAAGAUAUAGCAAUGGAGUGGUUGAUUGUAUGAUGGGAGAUGUUUCAGAAGAACCAGAAGAGAAAACUUUAUCUCAAGUGAGAAGCUUGUCUUCCGAUUUUAGUGUAACUGUCCAAGAAUCAGAAGAAGAUGAGCCAUUAGUAUCUGAUGCGACUAUUAUAAGCGAGGGUUUAAUUGUUGUGGACGCUAGGUCUGAGAUAAGUUUGCCAGAUACAGUUGAAACAGAUAACGGUCGAGUUCUUGCUACCGCGAUCAUCCUAAACGAGACAACCAUAGAACAGGUUCCCACUGCAGAAGUUCUUAUUACGAGUCUGAAUCACGAUGUGAAUAUGGAGGUGGCAACUUCUGAGGUAGUUAUUAGGUUGCCUGAAGAAAAUCCUAAUGUAGCAAGAGGAAGCAGAAGUGUCUAUGAACUAGAGUGUAUACCUCUUUGGGGCACGAUUUCGAUUUGCGGUGGAAGAUCUGAAAUGGAGGAUGCUGUUAGAGCUUUACCUCAUUUUCUCAAAAUACCCAUCAAAAUGCUUAUGGGGGAUCAUGAAGGGAUGAGUCCAAGUCUCCCAUAUCUCACUAGUCACUUCUUUGGUGUAUAUGAUGGCCACGGAGGCGCUCAGGUUGCUGACUAUUGCCAUGAUAGAAUCCACUCUGCUUUGGCUGAAGAAAUCGAACGGAUUAAAGAGGAAUUGUGUAGGAGGAACACUGGCGAGGGUAGGCAUGUCCAGUGGGAGAAAGUCUUUGUAGAUUGUUACCUAAAGGUCGAUGAUGAGGUUAAAGGGAAAAUCAACAGACCUGUUGUUGGUUCUUCUGAUAGGAUGGUUCUUGAAGCUGUUUCCCCUGAAACCGUCGGAUCAACUGCUGUGGUUGCUUUGGUUUGUUCAUCGCAUAUAAUAGUCUCAAACUGUGGUGACUCUAGAGCAGUUUUACUCCGAGGCAAAGACUCUAUGCCUUUAUCAGUUGAUCACAAACCAGAUAGAGAGGAUGAGUAUGCAAGAAUAGAAAAAGCUGGAGGAAAAGUUAUACAAUGGCAAGGCGCUCGUGUUUCUGGCGUUCUUGCCAUGUCCAGGUCCAUCGGUGAUGAAUAUCUGGAGCCAUAUGUAAUACCAGAUCCCGAAGUGACGUUUAUGCCACGAGCUAGAGAAGACGAGUGUCUUAUAUUGGCCAGUGAUGGACUUUGGGAUGUAAUGAGUAACCAAGAAGCUUGUGAUUUUGCAAGGAGGCGGAUCUUGGCUUGGCACAAGAAGAAUGGAGCAUUGCCUUUAGCUGAGAGAGGUGUAGGGGAAGACCACGCGUGUCAAGCCGCAGCUGAAUAUCUCUCCAAACUCGCUCUUCAAAAGGGAAGCAAAGACAAUAUCUCAAUCAUAGUGGUCGACUUGAAAGCUCAAAGAAAGUUCAAGACCAGAUCUUGAAUCAGUGUACGCUCGAGCUCUUACACUUAUAAUUUUAUUAUUUCUUAUUUCUUAGAAAUUUCCACAAGUUUACAUAAAAAUAAGAAGUGAAAUGUUGGGGGAAGAAGAAUUAAGACCUUGAUGAUGGUGAUGAUGCAUAGCUAAAGUCCAUUCCUUUUUCUCAUGGACUUGAAUGUGUAUGUUUGUUAUGUAUAAGAAGAAUAGAGAAGAGAUGUUUUUUUUUUUUAUAUAUAUAAUUUUUAUUUUGGGAUCUUUAUAAAAAGUAGGUGGAUAUGUUGUAAUAUUGGAGAUGUGGCUUAAGGGAUUGUAACUGAAAUUUAUGUCACAUUAACCUUUUAUUAUACAUAAAUAGUUGUUGAAAGAGAGUAA